GUGCCUUUUUUUUUUUAUAAAAAAUAUUAAAAUCUAAUAUUGCGGGCCCCACCACAAUAAAAUCUACAACAUCAAAAUUUUGCACCAUCACACCUUGAUGAGAAUCUAAAAUUAUAACAAAUUUUCAAAAUUUGAAAAACAAUGUUAACAUGAUUUUUGCAAUGAUAGAAUAAGAGUUGAUCAACAUAUCGAAAUAUUUAGUUAUUUUUAUUAAUAAAUACGAAGGGAAAAACGUUUAAACAGAUGUCACUACUCUACUGCUGACAGACGGACAGUGCGUUCAUAUGACCCUAGACUUUCAGUCAAGAGAAUAUUAAGAAUAUUAAAUGCUGCGUAAUGGGUAGCAGCUAUACGCUCAUGAUUUCGACGGUACUGUCUGGCUAAUGCAAGAACAAAGAAGAUGAUUCGAUUCACAGUGUGAUGCGAAAUGUGUAAUAAACUUUUUUGUACAAAUUAACCCUAACUUCGAACCAAGAACACGGAUGUACUGAAGCUUUUUAAUCUCUGAUCAUUAGAUACUGAGAUGUUUGUUUUGGACCCAACUCUAGUUGAACCCCAUUCUAGUUUAUGGUGGCUUAUUUAUGAUGAAUGGUCUCGAAGUGCACUGUAUGAAACGUGAAGUUUUUCAGUUUUGAUCAAAAUAUGAUUUGUUGCGUUAAGUACCUUUCAGUAGUUCAAUUCCAUCGAAAUUGCGGACAGUCGUUAACUAUUUGUGCAUGUCGAGUGCCACAAUGUUUAAUAAUAACACAAGGUUGAGAUCCCCAACUUUAACGAGCCUGAAAUUUUUGAGCACCCAAAACUUAAACUGAGCGUCUCCCCAACCGUCUUGAAGAACCAACAUUAUAUCAGCAUACAUCAACUGUUUUAUCAAAAACUUGUCUCGAAACUUGAUAUAGUUAUCGAGUAAAGUGUAGAAACAUCGUGACAAAAAAAAGUCGACUUAACUGAUGAAUUCACUGAUAUAGAUGAUUUUUGUUUCCUUUUUUGUCUAUGUCUGGUCAACGUGUUAUCACGAGAAUGCUGUACUUUUUUAUCUUGUUCGAUCGCUCUGAUUUUUUUUGAUUUUUGCGUCCAAGAAUUACUAAGACUUUUAGCAGAAAAUGAAAAUCAACGAAAAAUUUUGAAACAUAUACCAUUCGACUCGGUUUUUGACUCCAAUGGCGAAUAUGAUAUUUUAAUUGUGUGAAAGUUGAGUUCUGAUGGAGAAAAUGGCGAAUUACUGGCAGAAUUUCGAUCUUUCCUAGUAAAAGUCGAAUAUCUCGCGAACGCGAAAAAAAAGUGUACAUAUACUUUUGUAGAGCUUGAAAUGGUACAUUGAACCGUGUAAAAAUUUUGACUCUAGGACCUCUCCAGAGGGAGUCGAAAGGCUUACGAAAACGGUUGGUGGAUUUUGGUCACUUUGGUUUCGGGCUUUGCCAAAAAUCGAGUUUUUCUUUUGCGGCUUGAGAAAAUACACGUACAGAUUAUAGAUUCUGAAUCUGACUAUGCUAAUCUCAAAGCUGUACAACACUUCCUGAUAAAAUUACACGGCUUUUUCUGAAAACAGGUAUUUUUCCGUUUUUUAAGUCCCCUCAGUAUUUUGAGGAUAGCUCAGCGAGGAAAGAGUCAACAGUUUUGCUUUAACUGCUUGCUGAGGAAGAGAAUUUAAAACAUUCGUGAUUUAAAAAUGAGAUGACCAUGACAUUUCUCUUUUCUGUUUAUGUAAAAUUACUUAUUGUUAUCCAGAUUUAUUUUUAUUUUUCAAAUAGAUUCUUGAUGGCAAUUCACAGGAGCAUUUCCUAAUUUAACAAAAUGAUUUCGCAUAAUUUUAGCAGCUUAGUGAGAUUAUUAAUUAAUUAAAAUAUUGAAAUAAUAUAAAAUAUAAUUAACAUUUCGAAUCUAUCGAUUCAUCAUUAGUACAAACAACAAACGUAGAUACAAUCAAUGAUGAAGAAGAAAAUGAAAAUUUCGAAAAUCUUAAACAUUUUUCAGAAAUUAAUUUUUGGAGAUAAUGAUAAGAGUUAUUCACAAGAAGCAUCUUCAGAAAUUAUUCCUCUUGAUUUUAAUAAUUUUCAAGAAAAUCGUUAAACAUCAAAUGGAAAAUAUUAAUAGUAAAUCUCUUCUUGAUAUUAUGUUAUCUUAUAUAAUAAAUAAAUUAAAGAAAGCAAUCGUUUGCUCGGAAAUUUGUGAAUUAGAAAUAUUUUGGGAAGAAUCAUCAUUUCUUUAUGGAAUGGAUUAUAAAAGCAUAUUUAAGACCUAAAAACGGUCAAUAAAUCAGACAGUUUUUAGAUAGUUUUCAGAUAAUUGCGAUCGAUGCAGAAUAUAAAUCAUAAUAUUUCAUUUUAGUUUUGAAAUGGUGGUUUUUAUACAUACGCUUUUGUGUAUCUAUUUGCAUGUGUGUUUUAGGAAGAUGUUUUUUUUCCUUUUCUGCUAGUCUUAUUCUAAAUUGAUAUAUAACACGACGUGAUAUUAUCAUCAAAUCAAUCUUCUAUCAUUAUUGAAAAAGCUUGCUAUUGCUUUAUCUUUUGCAUACAAAUGGAUUAUUGAAAAAAAAAUGAAUAUACAAAAUACCUCUUCAAGCUUAUGCACAUUGUUUAACAAAUGAUUGUCCAAAUAUCAUUGGGUCCUAAUUCUAUUGCUUAAUUACUUUGAUUUAUUUUUUAUUUUUUUUUGAUUUUAUUUUUUUCUUAUUGCUUAUUCUAUUACUUUUAAACAAGAUUUAAUGUAUAUAAUUUAUUACGAAUACAGUUGGAAAAAUAGAUGGUGGAAUAUAUGAGAUAUUUUCUACAUCAGAAUUCUCUUGUGGUUUCAAUAUAUUUGAUGUUCAGGAUCAUGGUUAUAAACAAAAACAUCUUCACGUAUUUUUUAAUAUGAUGUUAAUUGAAAAUUGUUGGAUUCUUCUUCAAAGUACAUCAUUUGAAAAUACUAAUCUAGUAGCUCCUAAGUUAUUUGAACAAAUGUAUUCUAUUCAUGGUUCAAUACGCGGAAAAACGUUGCCGUUAUUGUACGCCCUUUUACCAAAUGAAACUCAAGGAACAUAUGAAGAAUUAUUUAAAAUAGUUGAUCAGCACAUUCAACACAAACCAAAAUAUGUCACAAUUGAUUUUGAAAAAGCGAACGAAAAUGCGCUUGCUACUGUAUUUCCUCAAUGUGAUAUAUUUGGUCGUGUUUUUCAUUUCAAACAGUGUGAAUUAUGUUUGAGAAAAGAGUUUCUUGAAAAUGCAGAUAGUCGUCACACAAUGAAAAAUUUAGUCGCAUUAGCCUUCGUUCCACAGCAAAAUGUUAUUCAAGAACUCAAAUAA